GAGAGAGAGAGAGAGAGAGAGAGAGAGAGAGAGAGAGAGAGAGAGAGAGAAAUGCCAGACUCAAAACCUCCAAUCCAACAGCCACCCACAUUCCCAAACCCAGCAAAACACCAGUCCACGCCCAGAUCAGCACCAAUUCGCAAUGGGCCCCAACACCGCCGUGCCCAAUCGGAGCUCUCCUUCCGGAUCCCGAACGAGCUCGAUCUCACCUCCGACCCCUUUGAUGCAGCAGCCGCAGCGAGCUUCGAAGAGAUCGGCUCGGAGGACGAUCUCUUCUCGACGUACAUGGACAAAUUCGGGUCGCGCACAGACGGUUGCCCGAGCGGGGAUGGAAUUGGCGGGAAUGGUGUGGUGGAUCGGAAUGGAGGAGGUGAUAGCAGCACAAACGAGAAUGUGGGGCCCAGGCGGCACCGGCAUAGCAAUUCGGUCGACGGGUCAAUGAUGAUGGUGUCAACAAGGGGAGGGGAAGUCCUGUUUGGGGAGGUUGGGGAAGGGAAGAAGGCAAUGGAUAAGGAGAAGCUUGCGGAGCUGGCUGUUGCCGAUCCGAAGCGGGCCAAGAGGAUUUUGGCAAACCGCCAGUCUGCUGCUCGCUCGAAAGAGAGGAAGGCUCGUUACAUAUCUGAACUCGAGCGGAAAGUUCAGACCCUUCAAACUGAAGCUACGACUCUUUCUGCACAGCUCACUCUAUUCCAGAGAGAUACAACUGGCUUGAGUACUGAGAACACCGAGCUUAAGCUGCGAUUACAAGCUAUGGAACAACAAGCUCAGUUGUGUGACGCUCUAAACGAGGCAUUGAAGCAAGAAGUCGAGCGGCUUAAGAUGGCCACUGGGGAAGCACUGACCCCCAACGAGCAGUUUGACUUUGGCAUGCACCAAAUGCAAUACAACAAUGCUUCCUUCUUUCAGUUGUCCCAGCAACCGGGCCACCACCACGGCAUCCAAUUGUCGCAGUUCCAUAUGCCACAGCCCAACGUUUCCCACCACCAAUUGCUCACACAUUCCUACGCCUUCUCCGAAUUGAUGCAGCAGCAAGACCCAAUUGGCCGAAUGCAAGGGCUGGAUAUUGGCACCCAUAUUAUGAAAUCUGAAGGCCCAUCGAUUUCCGCUAGUGAGAGCAGCAGCACCUUCUAACUGUACUGUUCUUAGCCUUUUUUUUCUUUUUUUUUUUUCUUCCUUUUGUUUUAAGUUGUCCAUAGCUCCUAACCUCCAUGAGGUUCUCCUCCAGGUACUUCAUUCUUCUGAGAUAUUUAUACACUGCCCAGGGCAGGAGGUUGCGUGGUACGCUAUGGUUUUCAGUUUGAAGAUCUGAACUGUGGGUUUGGCGGGACCCACUGUGGAUGGCCCACACAGUGGAAAUCUCCCAGAUGGGAAAAUCCCAACAUUUUAUAGGGGACCAGCUACAGCUCAUGUUCAACUGAGAAAAAGGCCGGAUGCUUGGUGGUUAAGUUCAUCAAAUCCAAGUGAUUUUCACUGCAUGACCCGUCUGCAGUGGGGCCCAUAGUUUGAAUAUCUUGGAUCAAUGAACUGCCAGCCCCACUUUUACAAACUGAAAACCCAAGUGCAAUGUAUCAGCCAUCUCUCAGUCCUAGCACUAUAAUUUCUCUUUUAAAAAAAAAAAAAAAAAAAUCCACUGGUUUUUAUCAUCGUAGGCAGUCGUUUCUCAUUUGUUUCCCUGUAUCAAAUUCAUGUUUCAUUGCAUUACCACUCUUUUUUCACAUUUUAUCUCCUAACUGUCUUUUCUUUUCUUUUUUCUGUUUUUGUUUCUCAAUUUCAUUUCAUUUCAUUUUGAGUCCUGUGAUUUGUGGGGAGAAGAAGGUUUCUUCCCAGACCUUGUAAUCUACCUUUUUUCUAGAAGGAACUAUGUUUGUGGGGAGAAGAAGGUUCUUCCCAGACCUUGUAAUCCACCCUUUUUCUAAAAGGAACUAUGUAAACUUAUUAUUUCAAGUCUUUAUAUGAUGAAUAACAUCCUUUUCUA